AUGGUUUCCAGUUACAAGAUAUCAACACCACCGACUUUUAAGAUGACAACAUGGCUAAUGGCAAUUUUCUGUCUGGCAACUGCUGGUUGCUCAAACGUCACGGAUCAGCAAACAUCUGAGACACAUCACGAUCAGCAGGUAGCGAUCUUGAAACAGAUCAGAAAAGUGAACGAAGACGGUUCUUACACGUACGGCUACGAGGCGGGCGAUGGAUCAUUCAAGGUCGAGAGUCGCGACGUUCUAGGCAACAUCAAGGGUACGUUCGGCUUCGUCGACGCCGACGGUGAAAUAAAAAGGGUCUCGUACUCUUCCUCUAACGGGACAGGGUUUAAAGCAACCACCGUGUCGCCAUUGCAGGAACACGUGUCUGUCGUCCAGAGCAUACCCCGUGCGAAUCGUACCACCACGACCAAGAAGCCAAACAUCGUCUACUCGUCAUCCACAGAGCCAACCACUAAAUCAUCAGUGGUUCAAUCCAUACCGCGUAACAGAAAAAUAACAACCACCUCAACCACAACGACAUCAACGACCACCACCGAGCAGCCAAAAUCGAUAUUCGGUCAUUACCUAAAAGGAACUGGUAAAAGUAGACCAAGAUUCGUGAUCAAUGGCCAACAGAGGCCUUUAGUGAUCGAAGAAGAAGGAUUAGAAGACGAAGACUCCCAGAUAAACCGUCCCAGCACAGAAGACAAGACCUCCAACUACAGAAGAAUCAUCUUUGCUAAGAGACCAAUUGAUCAAACUCUGCGACCAAUUUCAGACGACUUCGUGGAGAAAGACGAAGAAACUAAAGUGACAACUGGGAAUACCCUAAGAAGACAACUGCACGAUGAAACCACGAAGUCUAAUCCAAUCGUUGAAACUAGCAACGAUGAUCAUUCUGAUGUCUACGGUGGUUCUCUAUCAACAACACGUCCUCUGUUUACUACAACCACACCACCAAGAGUUCUCCAACGUGUCUCGCCUAAUAGGAUCGAAAGACCAAAGGUCUACGUGAAUCGUGAAAACCUAGGACCAGCGAGAUUCGAAAACGUCAAGUAUGACAAUUCCAGGGCAUACGAGGCAGAAGCAAAAGCUACUAGAGACGAUCCUCGCAUUCCAGGACGAGUACCAGAAUCCAGAGACUUCAUUCGACAAAGCACCGAACCUGUUUUCGUCAGACAGCAACCUGAUCAGUAUCUACGUGAACUUCCAACGGGACGAAUUUUACUGCCAACACAGCCAAACAUUGAAGACGACCCAGCUUAUAGACAAAUUCCAGUCAACAGAGUCUUGCUGCGUCCUCUGCCAGGUCAACAAGCAAUUUAUUCAACCACUACCGACGCAAAUAUUCAUUACCUUACGGAAAGUCCUUUGCCAGAGCAAGAAGAGGAUCCUAGAGUAGCUGUGACACCAGGAUACAUACGACCUCGGCCGUUCCCGAGACCAAUGAUCUACCCAGAACCUGAUCAGAGACCUAGACCAGUCCUGAGACCAGUUCCUCAGCCAGUGACAUCAACAAUGGACGAAAGAGAAUAUCAGUCAACGCCUGAAUAUCCUUACAGAGGCACCACUCUAGCUUUGCCUCCGGAGCCACCGAAUCCUAUCGCUCCUCCGCUGAGUCGUAGAGACUUUCAGAUGCUACUGAGGAGGCUACUAGUUAGUCAGUAUGGUGUCCAGGCUUUGUCUUACCCGAAGACGUACUUAGAGGAUGCUUUGUACGAUCAGCAACCCUAUCCUUCUUAUCAACCUGGCUACCAAGCACCAGCUCCUAGGCCAGACGUCGCUUAUGAUCCUCAACUGGCUCUCCAAUAUGGCGACCGGGUGCCUAUCAGGCGUCCUGUUUAUUCCAGAGCUUUGAGUCCUGUUUAUCAACCACAGCAGUAUGAAGAAUACAACGAUGGCAGGUACCCUAAGAGAGUUUAUAGACAGAAGUUCUAUACUCAAGAAGUUGCUGACGAUGGAGACGAGAUUUUGCCAGCGCCUAUUAGGGAGGCUCUGUUGCUAAGAAUGCUGCAGUUAGCUAUUAAUUCUGAACGACCUGCUAUGAUGACUACUCCGAUGAUCACUACGACAACACCGGCUUCUAGGUACAGGAAGACUGGACCGAUCAGAAGUGUUCAGAUUAUUACCAACGAGGAGGACGAGAAGGAGGAAAUGAAGAAGAAGAUGUAA